AUAUUGAAAAUCAACAAUGGACUAGAUAUGGUCAACGUGAAGUGGCGUUAAAAAAGUUUGAUGGUAUCGUAGAUAUAAAUGAGGAUUUUUUAAAUGAGAUGGUAAUUUUCUUAAAAACAAAUGGUGACUAUUCAUCAGCCUAUCUUUACGGAAUUACAAAAGAUCCAAAAACUCACGAAUAUAUGAUGUUAUUUAAUUCCAAUGCAGCUGAUGAAUUAUAUGAUGCUAUAAUGGGGUCAAUUCCUCCAGCUCAAAAUAAAUCAUAUCCUAGA